UAGAAUGCAACUCUGGAAGCGCAUAAAUAAAUAAAGUUACUCGAAUUGUGGGCCUGCGGUUGCGUUUAUUUUUGUUGCGGUCAAAUGUAAAUAUGAAGUGUGAAUCUCAAAUUGCAAUUCGUCAAGUAACAAAAAUCAUUAACAUAUAUGAAAACUGACAAGAUUGCAUAUUGUUAUUGGCCAAUUGAAUACGCAAACGAGAAGCAUCGGCAACGGGCCUCAACAGAAUGGAUGUUGAAAUACCUGUUUUGGCUGGAUAUCUUAAUGUUCCAACACAAACUGGAUUUUCGCUAAAUCGUAUCUCGAAAAAGAAAUCAUGCAGCCGUUAUUGUCUCCUAUUCAAAGCCAGUCGCCAUGGCAUUGCACGCCUAGAGAUAUGCGAGAAUAAGGAUGACAAGAAUCCAAAGAUCUUUACACUUGAGAAUUGCGUAAAGAUCACACAGGAGCCGCCGCCAGCGAAUCUCAUACAGAUUGUCAAGCGUAAUGUUCAACUUACGCUGAAUACGAAUAGCGAUGAGGAGCUCAAGGAUUGGGUGACAGCACUCCAAACGGUUGCCUUUUGCGACAAUAGCGGCCUACAUGCCGCCCAUGGUGCCAUCGAAGAGGAUAAUGAUCUAUAUUGCAGUUCAUUUGACGGAUUGUUUAUUAUAACUCUGAUACCAUCGGAGGCGUCUAUUCGGUGCAACAUCGAGCCGCGCACGUAUAUGCUGCAGAUGACGCCGACGGAGCUGCAACUGAAGUCGGAGGAUCUGAAUGUGACGAUUGCCAUGUGGCCGUAUCGAUUCAUUCGCAAGUAUGGCUACAGGGAUGGUAAGUUCCAGUUUGAGGCGGGACGCAAGUGCACGACGGGCGAGGGCGUCUUCACGCUGGACCACACCAAUCCGCAGGAGGUCUUCCGCUGCAUGUCCGCAAAAAUGAAGUCGAUGAAGAAGCUAAUCAGCGGCGACAGCCUCAGCAGCAUCGAGUGCGUCGAGAAUCAGUUCAGUGCCGCCGCCUGCAUGGAGCCCGGCUCGCGCAGCCCGCUGCCGCCGUCACCUUCGAGCAAUCCGCAUGCCGGCGAAUUUGAGAUGAACUCAACGCAGAGCUGCAUCUCGCUGCGCGGCUUCAUCAGCUCCAAUGAUUCGCUGAACAACUUCUCAACGAACGGCAGCGCCAACAGCAUCAGCCUGUCCGUGCCAUCGCAAGCAGCCGGCAAACACAUUCCCAACAAGCCGCCGCGCAAGCUGCCCACGCCCCUCGAGAAGCUCAAUAUGGGCCCGGCGGCAGCCGCUGCUGCGGCUGCGCUGCCAGCUCCAGCUACUGUACUGCCUGGCACAAUAACUCAAUGUGAUAAAUAUAAGAAUCUUCUGAAGUAUGAACCGGUUGCCAUAACCACAUCGUCGCCAUCGGAUGCCAACGGCAAGAGCAGCGGCUCGGCUGUGAUACUGAAGCCUGCCUCCCCAGAUCCGUUGCGUGCCGUUGCCGGCGGUGGCAGCAGCGUCGGCGGUGGUAGCCCGCCCGACCUGCCGCUGAGGAACGAGAGCUGCUGCAACAAGCUAGCGCUGGAGCGUGACUACGAGUCCAUUGAGAACAUAACCGAGGCGUGGAAGACGCGUGGCGUUGGCGACGUGCGCCACUGCGAGCGCAUACCCUCGGCCAUCAGCUGUGACAGCGACUUUGUGCGGCAGCGCUCGCAGUCGCAGCGCGACAAGCGCAAGGAUCUGAGCACCAGCGGCGCGACAAGCGGAAGCAGCACGCCCAAGAUAAUAGACAUUGAUAUUGGCGAGGGCGUGGGCGUGCUGGUGUCGCCGGAUGCCAACUACGAUCGCCUCGACUUUCUAUCGCCGAACAACAAAACCUCCAGCGGCUACAAGACCAUUGUGAACGUAACACUGCCUGCGAAUCGUAUACGCUGCAGUCCGCCGCCGCCGAAUGAAUAUGAACUGAUUGCUAGUCCCGAUACGGAAAGUUUUCGCAAGGCCGACGAUAGUCAUCUGGGCUAUGGGGUCCUGCGCAAAGCCGCCACCACAAUCAACAAUAGCAACAGCAACAGCAGCAUCAACAACAAUAGUAGUAGCAGCAGCAGUCUAACGGGUCUCUGUGCCACGCCCACGACGAACUUAAGCAACGACGCCGCCCUCGAUCAUCGCAACUACAACGGCCUCAACUAUACGAUCGUCAGCAAGCCCAAGCGUGUGUGAGAGCGCGUGCGUGAGAGUGAGAGAGAACACAGACAGAUACAUACAGACAUAGAUUGUUAGACAGAGACAGUGAGAGUUGACGCGAGAAAGAGAGAGAGCAGACUCUGAAGUCGUAGCUCUCAUGUGGAAAACAUAAACCAUUCGAAUAGAAACGAACAAGAUAUUAAUGAAAAAGACAGAGAAAGACAGUGAGAGGAAGCGACGAGCAGUGCGCAUUAUUAGACAAUCAUUUUCAUACAACCAGUGGAUCUCUAGAGCUCUCGUUGCAUUUAUAGCCCAACAGUAAACCUUAUACAAUAUUAUAAAGCGCAAGCAAAUAAAAAAAAAAAAAGAAAUUGCUCAAAGAACAGUAGAAGACAUUAGGGGUGUUUCUCGAAAAUAUGUUAAGCUGAUUCAGCUGAAUUUAUUAGAACUGAAUGAAUGUAUUAUAACCGUCUUUCCAUACUAUAGACUACAUUAACUGAUUAUUGUUGUUUGUCUCAAAUGUUUUGCAGUCACAAAUCUAUUCUUAGACUGAUCAUUUAUCAAAUUUCACAAAUUUCGUCUUUUUUUAAG